CCUGGUUGAGAGAGCUGUUAACAGAGGCAUCUGCAAGAGUCAACUGGAAGAUCACUGAGCCUCAGCAUCUCUUCACAUCCAGCUUUGCCUUUGCUUAUACCGCCUUUUCACAAUGGUUGCCUCUCUGAAGCCCCAGCCUCUUGUGAUUGCCAUGGCUCUGUGCAUCAUGUUCUGUCUGGGAACCUUUGUGGACGCCUAUCCACCUAAACCUGAGAGCCCUGGAGAAAAUGCUACACCUGAAGAACUGGCAAAAUACUAUGCUGACCUUCGGCAUUACAUUAACUUGGUGACGAGGCAGAGGUAUGGCAAGAGAUCUAUCCCAGAGACCUUGAUGUCAGAGCUUGAUUUUGGAGACAACAGCAAAAGUGAUCACAAUGCUAGAUCACGGUUUGAUGAUUCCUAUAUGUGGUGAGGACUUUCCCACUUUUCAAUCAAUGGGAGCAUCGGCUGCCUCUUUUUAAAUACUCCAAUCCUGUUGUGUCAUUUAACAUUUGAAAAAAUGCUGAAGCCUUUUUAAAGAGAGCCUGUCCUUCCCCAUUUCUGUUUUCUAUCCAAUGUUGAAUCUUGGGGAGCCCUCUCUUUGGGGAUUCCCCCUGCCCCCUAAACAAAAACCCACGAAACUCCUUCCUGCAAGCAUCAGGGGACGCUGCAAGGAAUCUGUGCUGGGGACAGAUACGGUGUCCAGUAGUGAUUUAGGUUUUGUUUGAAAGAAUCUCUGCAUUGACUCACUAGUCAAAGGUCACACUCUGUCCACCCUUUAUUGUAUACAGCAUUAGGUGUGUGUAUCUGUGUAUUUGUAUAAACACAUGUAUAUAGAUAUAUAUAAAUGUAUGCAUUUUCCAGGAAUUCUCUCUGCAUCCACAAUAAAAAAGCAAGUGUAUCAGAGAA